UAUGAAUCAAUAGUCGAGAUUGGCAGGGGAUUUUAUCAAUCAAAGAACCAAUUUAUUGGCUUAAAAACUGAGAGAAUCAGGAGAGGAUUCAAGGUAAUAAAAAAUAAUGUAGAAUUAGAUUGGAAGAAUAUUUGAGAUAAAAACUAAUUGAAUGCAGAUGGAGAGAUGAUCUGAAAGAUUACUGUAAGGAAGUCAUAAGAUAAAAAGGACUUGAAAAAAUAACUAUUGAAGAAUUGACAGAUAUGUUAUAUGUUAGAGGAUAAGCAACUAUUCCAAAUAAAGUGAAGGAAGACUUAUUAUCACGACUGAGACAAUUCUUUGAUGAGAAUCAAAUAUGAUAUGUAAACU